UUCCUCUUGAAUUGAAAACCAAAAAGGCACUAUGACUGGAUCAGUCCUCGAUCCCAAAUGGAGCCUGGAGCGACGCGAGUCCUCGGGCCAUUUAGUUUGGCGCAAGGAUUCGCCCGAGUCCAAGGUACGCUUUCGCUUCGACGUGGAGGUCCUGGAGUUCGAGAAGCAUCCGCACGAGGAGCUGGAGGACAAGGAGGACCACUUUUCCAUGACCAGUCUCUCGGCCACAGUCGCCAUGUGCGCCACCUGCGUCGCCGUGGUGGCCGCCUCCGUUUUCCUGCCCUGGUACCUCAUGGAGAAAGUGGGAUCUCUGUGAAAGGAUAACGGUUGCGCUGGCAAAGGCACAAGAUACGUGUAUAUAGGAUACAGCCUGACGGUAUUAAGUAGACUCUUGUACAUAAGCAAGCGUAGAUUUAAUUAUUUUUAAAUAGUACGUACGUUGUAAAUAGACUUUAUGCGUAAACUGUGUGGUUAAUGAAUUUUUGUAUAAAUCGACAAGGAGUUUGAAAAACUCAUUGGUGCAAUACGAUUGCAAGUGGAGGAUUGUGGAUAGUAAUCUAAAGUGUGUAAUUUCUCAUAAGGUUAUGCAGAUUAAAUAUCACAAAGAUAGUUAAUGGAAUAAACGAAAUACUUGCCCAAGA